AACAUCCUCCUCCCAUCUCUCUCUCUCUCGAUCUAUCUACACAUGGACUCUCAUGUCGCUCAGCUGCAGAUGCAAUAUCGUAACUACAUCCUUUCUCUUUACCAACAGGGCUUUCUGGAUGAUCAGUUUACUGAGUUGAAGAGUCUGCAAGAUGAUGGGAGUCCUGAUUUUGUGGCUGAGGUUCUCUCUCUCUUCUUUGAUGAUUGUGUCAAGCUUGUCGGUAACAUGGCUAGAGCUUUGGACCAGACAGGAACUGUAGAUUUUAGUCAGGUUGGUGCUAAUGUGCAUCAGUUGAAGGGUAGUAGCUCAAGUGUUGGUGCCAAGAGAGUUAAAGGGUUGUGUAUUAACUUCAAGGAGCUUUGUGAGGCUAAGAACUAUGAAGGGUGUGUGAGAUGUCUGCAGCAAGUGGAUAUUGAGUACAAGACUUUGAAGGCAAAGCUUCAAGAUAUGUUCAACGUGAGUGUGAUAAUUGUGCAUAUGAAUCCAGUUUCUGUUUGGGAUGAUUUUAAUAAAAUUAUUUUGGGAAAGGAAUGAAUAAAAUUUUCAUGGCCAUUGUGGUGUUGCUUGUAGCUUGAGAAACAAAUAGUUCAAGCUGGUGGUAGCGUUCCUCAAGUGGAUAUUUAACUAAAAAAGACUAGUCAGGGCUUGCAAUGGUGGAUGAGGAGAAGAAGAAGAUGAUGAUGGCUCAAAUUUACAUUCUUCAGAUUCUCUUUUUAAAUUUUAUUUUCGGAUCUUUGUUUGCUCAGAAGAAACUCAAAAGAAUGUGAUGAUUCUUGUUGAUAAAGACAUUUCAUUGUAACUCAAAAAUCUUCUUUUAUGACUGAGUUUGAGAGACAUGAGAUGAAUGAAGUUGUAAUAAGCUUGGUUAUGUUUUCUGAACGAGUUUCUGCUUAUCAGAGACUUGCGUCAGGGUGAUGUUGCCAUGGAAGACAAGAUCAUACAUUGUGUCUACUACUU